AUGGGAUCUUCAAAUAAGGAAAAUCAACAAGAAUUGAAAUUGUCCAAUAGGAGAAGAUAUGUAAAUUUGAUACUCUUCCUAUUUGGUACCAUGUUUUUCAAAUUUUCAUAUGAAACUCUGUCAGGAGCAAUUGGUUUAACAAUUUUAACACGACUCGAAGGUCAUCCACUUGGAGCAACUACAAUUUUGAGCUUGUUGACCAUUACCUUUGGUUUAUCUCAAUCUGUUUCUUCAUCGGCAGUUGAAGGUCUAUUGAAGGUUAUUCGUGCCACUCGUUUGUACUGCAUUUCACUGAUAUUCUUCUCUGCACUGAUUAUAACAAUGAUUGUUUUGGAGGCCACCACUGGAGGUACCCUCACCUCGCCAGGUUAUUGGACUCCUUGGAUUAUUUUCCCAAUCUAUGUCUUUAUUGGAUUCAAUGUUGGUAUUAUUGAGGUGGUGAGAAAGAUUAUUCCUGCCUCAAUUCUUGGUAAUUCUGAAUCUUCAACGUUGAAGAGAUUGAAUGCUGGAAUUCACAUUUCCUAUGAAAUUGCUGGAACUAUUGGUGCUUUCCUUUCAAGUGUUUUCAUUGAACAAUUGGGAACUAUCUAUGCUCUCUUCCACAUGCCGGUUUGCUUCUUUAUUGGCUCGUUGUUCUUCUUUUUCAUUACAUUGAAGGAUACUGAGAGAAUUUUGGAAGAGGAUACCGCUGAUGAAGAUGACAUCUUUAAGGAAAAUGUUCCAACAGAGAAUCGUGUCCUCAACAUUUUGAAAAAGAUUGGCAAAGUUAUUAAGGAUUACUUCUACAGCAUGUACAUUGGAGCCAAAAUUGUGCUCACCAACAGAUAUUACAUUUGGUUGAUUCCAUGCUUUGUCAUUCCACAAGUUCUCCAUCGUUUGAUUGAGAACAUUUUCUUACCUGCCUUCUCCAAGAUGAUCUUAAAGAAGGGAUCCUACUCUGGUAUCAUGCUCGGGGGUAGUAAUUUUGGUGAAUUGGUUGGUGCUGGUUUACUAUUAAUCUUUGCCAAGAAGGUCAAACUUCCAACUAUAUGGAUCAUUUUGGAUUCUCUCUUUUUGAAUUUAAUGUGGAUUUUCCCAUUCCUCACUUUUGAUGAGACAACCAAUGAAAAUUUAAUAUUUGCCAUUUGCAUUGUUCCAGCAAUGGUUUUGAUUUCUGGAUCGUGGGCUGCUGGUGAUAUCAGUCAAAUUGCCUACUUGCAAUCAACCUUAUCAGAUGAACCAAACGAACAAACUGGAGUCAAUGAGUUGGCUGCAGUGAUGAGUUUCUUGUAUUCCUGUUAUAUUGUAUUGACUACUUUGGUGGCCUUUGGUCUUUCCCAAGCUGUUGAUAGAUUUAAGGAAAGUGGACGUCCAGAGUUUGGUUUCAUGACCAUUUGUAUUGUAAUGUCUGUAAUUUCCUUUGCUAUCUGUAUCAUUUAUUUGACUGUGGCCAAAUUCAAACCAUCAGUUCAUGAUGAUCACUUGGGAGAAGAGCUUGAAAUGCAGCAAACUGCUACAACAACAAAUAAUGUUGAAAGAGAAAGUUCAAUUGAGGAACAAACAGUAAAUGUUUAA